AUGCAAGUUGUGGUGGUUCCAAAGAGUGAACCAUCUUUACAAAGUACACAAUCCUCCGCGGUGCUUUGGAGUCCCCUAGACCCCAAUACUGGACCAAUCUUACCUAAUGUAUCAGGGCCUCCCGCCAGUGGAAGUUCUUCUGCUAUGAUGACAACUACACCAAGAGGUCCAGCAUCAAUCUAUAACUUGGAUUCAAGUGAGGAGAUUGAUUAUCAGAAUCUGAAAGCCAUCAACACUAUUUGCGAGGUGUCAAACAGCCCGCAGAGCAUCCAUGAAUGUUUCGGAUUCGUAGUAGAUGAAGCGCGAAAACUCAAAGGCACGUUCGAAGUUCCAAGAUGGCACAAGUCCUUCCCAUCCAGAAUUCUUAAUCUCGGCGACCUACUCAAAAAUAUCUCUGGGCCUACUUUAUCCGUCGUUCCCACGAGUAGCACGACACUCUUCAAACUUGAGAGAAUCACACUAACUGCGAACUUAGCCUCAUCACUACUUCAGCUCCAUGCCACUCCUCGGUUCAAUGAGCGAUGGAAUAAAAGCGAAAUUCUGUUCUUGUCUGACAGAAGCAAUCCAAGCAUUAGCCCUGUGGAUAUAGAACGCCCGCUGCUUGCUCAUAAGUUCUUUUCCAGCGGUAUUACCAGUCCUACUCCCACUCACCCACACAUUAGUGUCUUAUGCCUCGGAAUAAUGCUCCUAGAACACUGGUUUGCGGAACCUAUCGAAUCUCGUCGAUUCUCCAGCGAUCUGAUUAACGGUAUUCCAAAUUCAAGCACUGAUGUCAUUGUGGCUGAGAGAUGGGUGAAAGAGAAUGGAAAUUUGGAAAAUAUGCCUGCAGGAUAUUUUCAAGCCGUCAGUAGUUGUGUGUGUUCUGUUUUUUUUUUUCAACCUAUGCCUGUAAAUAAAAGUCUGGAGAAUAUUGAUUUCAAAGAAGCAAUUUGGCAAAAUGUCGUCGCUCCGUUGGAAAAGGAAUUGCAAACUCGGAAAAAUGGGAGAACUUGA